AUGGACUAUGGCAAUUUGGGCGAAGGUCAUCUGGCUGCUGACAAGGCUCAGGGACUGUGGCAACAGGAAGGCGACAAAAAGGAAGAAGUCAAGGCCAUGCUGUGCCAGACCCAGAAUUGGCGACUAGCAGAGAUUGUGGCCAUGAAAGGCCAGAUGGAAGAUGCCAUUGGAAUGGUGGAAGAGGGGCCUGGUCUUGGUCUUGACUUUCUGGCCUUGCCAGCUGGAGCAUGCGACGUCUUGGUGCCCUCGCGCUUUCCAGGGGUUGCUUCCGGAAAGCCAGUUGCCCCGUGGAAGCUGUUGGAGGAUCCCAACGCGUUGGACGAUUUGCCUGCGCCGCCAGGAUAUGAAAAGAAAGGCAAGGGCAAAGGCAAGAGUAAGAGCAGCGUUGCUUCGAAGGGGAGCACAAAGGGCAAGAUGAACGGGAUUGCGAGCUUCUCAAACCAAAAAGGCCGCAAAGGCAAAGGAGGUUCAAGCACUCAGGUUCGUGGUGGCUCCUUGGCAGUUGGCCGCUUUGGAGUUGACGAUGAUCCAGUGCCAGACUUUGGACUCUUCUGUCCCGAGGAGUUGAAACUAAGUACAUCCUCCUGCACUUCUCACAUCGAAGCCCAAGGUUGCUGCUUGGUGCCUGGCGUCGUACCGGAGCACAUUUGUGUUCAGAUGGCUGGCGUGGUCGAUGGUAUACUUGAAGAUGUACUCCAAGACCUUGAGAACGAAGAUGACGAUGAAGUGCGCAAGAGGAAAAGGCUACGGGACCUUGGCUCCGUUCACGCGGAGGAUCAUCGUUGGGACUUAAAGCUGCCUUUAACUUCAGAGGUUCGCAGCACUGUGGAAGUCCUUGUUCAAUCGAUGGGCACCCUGCUAGAGGACCUUGUGUCGAGGGAUGCAAUCCUUGCGGAGCUUGCUUGCAUCGUCAGUGAUCCAGGCGCCAAGCAACAGCCUUUGCACGCAGAUACUCUGCGAAUAGGCAGCGCUUGCGCCCCUUCGUUGACGGUCUUUGUCCCGCUGCAAGACACACGAGCCAGCAUGGGACCAACCAUUCUUUGCCAGGGAACGCACAAUCUUUCUUCCCAUUUAUCUCUGUUCAAGUGUGAGCAAGUAUUCAUGCCGCAAGAUGUCAUUGUGAAGAAACAUCGUGGUUUGCCCGCUGUUUCCUCAUCUGGAACUGCCAUUAUCAUGAAUUCCAAUUUGCUACACUGCGGGGGAGCAAACCUACCAGCAGAAAUGGGAGGAAGUAGGCGAAGACUCCUCUAUGUGACUUUCCAGACGCCAGACAACACGCCAGAUAGGUCAUCGUUUUCUCUUCGUGAGGAGUUGCUGGAGGAACUACAUCUUUCAGACUUUGAUGGUGGAGCUCCUCUUCAACACCCUCUUGACUCACAACGACAGGCUUUGCUUUUGGGAUCACUACGUGGAGAUAGCGAGGCCAUGAUUGAGUUCGGGCUACUUCUCCAGUCACGUGGAGAUCCCGGAGCUGUUGAGUACUUCAGAAAGGCUGCUUUGAACAAAAAUGCGAAAGGAUUCGCUCUCCUUGCCGAUGUGUUCGAACGAGGUGAGCUCGGAAUUCCGAAGAACCCUGAGGAAGCGGCCAAGCUUCGCAACUUUGGUGCUGCAAUGGAAACGCAGCUCGGUGGAAAUGGAGAGCAGGGUGACACAUCCAAUGUGAGCGAAGCAAAGCCGGGCUGA